AUGAGUUAUAAAGAUGAUAGAAGGCACUCUGAAGAGCGCGAUCAUGAACGGGACUAUGACAGGGACUAUAACCGAGACUAUGACCGGGAUCAUGACCGGGAUCAUGACCGGGAUCAUGACCGAGACCGUGACAGGGACCACGACAGGGACCACGAAAUGGAUCACAAGAAUGAUGGAACAACCCUGUAUGUGUCAAACCUAAGCUCAAAAAUAACGACAUCCAGACUGCAAGACAUAUUUGAAGAGUACGGGACGAUAGAAAAGUGUUACGUCAUAAGCAACCCCAUCACCAGAGAAUCCCGCAACUUUGGAUUUGUAACUUUCAACAAUCCCGAUGACGCGAAUAACGCCAUGAUCAAGGCCAACAAAAUGGACAUUGAAGGACGUAUUAUUAACGUAGAAAUAGCCAAGCGAAACGAGCCACACGAUCCAACCCCAGGAGAGUACAAGGGAAUUCAAAAUAUGAUGAAAAGAAACGGAAUGAGGUACGAUUUUUAUGGCAGAAGAUACGACAGACCAUUUGACAGAAGAAGAUACGACUCAAGAAGGCCUUACCCAUACUACCGAGACCACGGCCAAGGUUUCGGCUACCAUCGCAAUAACGGGUACAGACCUUACGACAGAUAUGGAAGGAAUGCAUAUGAUGACCAUCGACCUUACGAUCGAAGAUCCAUAGAUGAUAAGUACUACAAGAGAAAUGAUUAUUACAAAAGAAAUCCCAGGAAUAGUCAUGAUGAGAGGGAUCACUCCAGGGAUGAUAGUAGAAGAAAGAAACGAUAUGAACGAACUAGAAAGUCAACUAGUAUUUCCAAUAACGAGAGGAGACACUACAGGAAUAAUUCUUCCGUAGAAAGGUUAGACCAUUAA